GAUUCUGGGGGUGUGCGAACUCUUUCCUCUCUAUUUCUGCUUAAGGACAUCAUGGCCCGGCUUUCGUAUGAGCUUAACCAGCCUGAGCUCCGUCCAUGCGAUGUCUUCGAUAUGAUAGGUGGGACAAGCAUGGGUGGGCUUAUUGCUAUCAUGCUGGGGCACUUUAGAAUGAGCAUAGAUGAGGUCAUCAAAUUCUCUCUUGACUUGUCUCACGGGGUGUUCCGUCGACAGCCAACGGGA